UCGCCUUAACGCGACAGCAAUACAGCGUCGGUCAUUUAAUUUGUUUAUGCAGAUAGUUAUGUGGCCGACUUUACGUGUGUGUUAAUACCAUGGAGUUGUAUUUUUUUAAUAUAAAAUCGGAAAAUUAAUACAACUAUCGGAAUAGACUAUUUCGAUUUUGCGCGAAGAGAAUUUUUUUAUUAUACAAUUUUAUUUAAAAGUGUUUGAGUGCCAAGUGUGAUAAAUAGUAAUAGUGAAUGCUAUAACGUGUUCUGAUAAUGAUGAAACGUUGCACCUGCUGUUUUGAUAGCCGCUAAGGAAUUAGUUCGGAUAUUUUUUGCGUCGCCAACAUGAGCGUUCGUUGGGUAUGUACUGGAAUUUUACUGAUAAGCCUCUUUGGGCGGGCGGCGGCGGCGGCGGCGAAUUGCCCGGAUGCAGGGGUGGUGGUGGUUGCGUCUGUGUUCGCCACACUGGCGGUGGUCUUCAUCGUUGCAGGAGUCGUCGGCUUCGUACUCUGGCGGCGUCGACGAGGUUCGCCAAGGCCAGAGAAGCUGAAACAUGAGACCGGAAGUAGCGCUACGGCCUCUCCUUCUGGUGGCGCUGGCGACAAGUUUGCGUAUUCAAAUGCUGCGUUCGACAAAGACCCGGAAGCCAUUGAUGGUUCGUCCGUUGAUUCACUAGACGGACCUUUGGAAAAGAAGGGUGUCGGUCACGGCCUGGGAAUGAAAACGUGGACGUCACUUCCGGCCAAUGACCUGCCGUUCGCCCGGAAGCGGAACAGCUCCGUGGGGUCACUGGACCGGAAUACACACUCAGGGGAUGAGAAUUUAGUGGAGGUCAUGCUAACAAGCCAGGAUUUCAUCGGUCUCGGCUUCAACAUCGCGGGUAGCAUGAGAGACGGGAUUUUUGUCAGUCAGGUCCACAAUCGAGGACCUGCAAAGGAGUCUGGGAAAUUUAAAGUCGGGGACCGAAUCCUGGGCGUCAACAUUUCCUUCCAGAACAUGGUAUACGAGGACGCGCUGACAAUCCUCAGUUACGCGUCACCAUAUCCGGUCAAAGUCACGCUACAAAAAGAGCCGACGUUGCCAAAGAGCCGCCGCCUGAGCGAGGUGCGCACGCAUCUGAACCACCCCCUCUACCGGAGCCAAUCAGUGGAAGCGCUGGCGACCGUUUCCAUCGAGACGUCAUCUCUCAAGAAGGAGAAACGCUGCAACAGCGUGUUUGACCGCCCAGAAUCCGCGAAGGUUAAACGCGACGCUAGGAGUUUCCUAGAUGGUGAUAUAACGGAAGAGCCGGCGAUGGCGUUUGUCGGGAAUGGAAACUCUAAUAACAAAAAGCCGGCAGCGUUGUCGCACGUUGACGCAGAUGUGCACGUGCAGCAUUCUGCGCAUCAGCAGAGACUGAACAUAGAACGCGAGGUGUCUGAUUUUACGGAAACGGAACUUCCGUCUGCCUCGCUCGAGCUGUCUAAUAUUAAACGUAAAAACGCGCCGUUUACUGUUGCAGAAACAUAUGAGCAUACUUUUCAAGAGGACUUCACUGACGGUCAAUUUUCGUCCGCGUUCGAUAACCUAACGGAGGAGGACAAGUUGGACAUGUUGAGAUUGAGCUACGCUGACCCCACUGCCAUUCCCGACUCUGCUUUUGAUACCGAUGUGACGACGGCUGAAGGCGAGCCGAAGAUUAUCCCGCAAAAACCAGAGCGGAAAAAGAAACGCAGUUCAUCAAAUAGUACUGCCUCUCAAAGCGACUUUGAAAUGGCGAGCGGUCCCUCAACGCCGAGACACGCAAUAGACGACACAAUAAUUGCCAUGGAGAUGCAUCCCCCACUGGAAUCCCCUCCGCCCCCUCCUAGCGAAACUCCGCCCCCCAUCCCGAACGCUUUACCCCCGCCGCUGUCGUUUGAAGAUGACGCGGGGGGCAAAGAUAUCGACGUGGACGAAGUUAUGGUUGCUGUAACGAAGGAGCGUUCGGUCAGUGUAAAUAGUUCGAAUAUUAACUUUGAGCCCGUUUCGGAGUUGGAUGUAUCAAAUAUUGAGAAAACGUUCAAAGAUAUAAAUUUUUCGUUAGAUGACGACGCAAAUAUUACGUUAGUCUCUGCGCGAGAUGAAACAAAAAAUCGGGACUCUGCGCUUGAUACAUGUGUAGAAGAAGAGCUUAUUUCACCUACGCAAAAACAGGUAAACCAAUUUAGCGUUCCAGGUUUUACUGAUAGUAGCCGUAUCUCUCAAAGGGAUGCGACAGAUGGCGAAAUGCAAGACAUAAAUGAGAUUACAAACAACGCGACGAGCAGUGAAUCAAAAGAUAAUGAAAUACAUUUUGAAAACAGUUUGCAAGACUUAGACAUGAACUUGGAUAUGAACUUUAACUUCGACGUCGAUUCCGUAAUAUUCAAAGAAUCAUUUCCUAAUCGCAAUGAACGUGAAUUUGAUAACGGAAUGGCGUACGAUAUAUCAGUGGCGGAGUUAGAUGCAAUGAGCAAAAAGGCAAAAGCGGAGGAGAUAAGUAAAAGCGCCAGGAAAAGUGGUUUAGGCGGAAUAGCUUUUGAAGUGCGCGAUGACAUUGUGACUGGUGAAACGCGGACAGUGAACACUAACAACAUCCACCGAACUGUUUCCUAUGAGAUUAAGUCGACGAAGACUAAAUUUCGAGAGCAGGAAAUUUCCUCGCAACGCCCUACCUCACUUAAGACUAGUACUAAUGCCCAGAGUAUUCAAGAAAUCGAAGGGGACGGUACGUUGGACUGGUCGGGAAAGAGGCUAGUUCGCGCGGGAUCCUUCACCGAUAUACCUCAGGACAAGAUCGACGAUUGGACCAACACGCAACACCUGCGCGCAGACGACGCCAUCAUCGACGCGCGCAUACAGGAAGACUCAAGGUCGCCCGUUCUGGCGAAAACUAGCUUAGACUGGUUGGACAGUCGCAACGACGAAAAGAACGAGUUCUCUGACUCCGAUUCGCAGUGCCGAUCUAUUUCAAGUUCGUCCUCAAGCGACGAGGCGAUGACCCCGAGGGUCAAGUUAGACCUUACGGCCAACGGCGAGGACGAUGGGUUGGGGAUGUCCCCUGACAAUUCCCCCGGGAAGCACAUGCCCAUCUCCGACUUGAAGUCGAAUUUUCUGUCAUCGAUGACGGGGCAGUCAGGAAUGGAACGUCUGGUGACGGUGGAGUUGAAUUCGCAAGGGGAUGAGGACUGCUGAAACGGACCGGAAGUUCAUUAUUUGUGAACCGGAAGUUCUUGCUUGUGGACCAGAAGAUUAACAAGAUUAACGGGCGUUCCUUGAACGUGGGGUAAAAUGCAAAAAGGCAAAUGGAAUCGUAUUAUUAAAUUGCUUUAAGUAAGCGCAGACUGAUCAAUGCCAAUGCCCGAGUUACUAGUAAUUCUUGAGAAUUUCUGAUAAAUAGACCGAAAGUCGCGUUUAUAGAACGAUAAAAUCAAGCGGUGAUAUGAAGGUCGAUGAUUUCAGCAUGUCGCGUUACAAAAUGUUACGGCAAACCGACAUUGUUAUGUAGUGGAGCAACUUCAUGAAAUCAAAUCAUUUAUGUGUGCGUCAGUCAUCGCUGUGAAAAAUGUUCCAUUUAAGUGCGAAUUAUUAACCGAUUUACGUAAAUCUGAGUGGUGACGAAAUUUAGAGAUAUUGUGGCAACAUAUUGCAGUCGGCAACAAAUAUGUUAUUGUCGCAUGAGCAUUUGAUACCAUUGUAACAGAUGCGCGGGUUACAUGACAGUAAAUACGAACAAGCAUAGAUCCGUUGUUUGUUUUAUGGCUUUAAUAAGAUUGCAAACAUCGGUUUAGAAUUUUGGUUUCGAUAACAUCGAUGAGCUAAUAACGAGCGAUUUGAAGAUAACAUGUUGUAGAGAUCCGACAUGCAUAAUUUACUGUAGAGAUCUGACAUACUUAAAGUACUCUAGAUAUACGACAUGUUUAAUGUUCUGUAGAGGUCCGACAUGAUUAAAGUUCUUUAGAGAACCGACAUGAUUUAUGUUCUGUAGAGAUACGACAUGAUUAAUUUUCUGUAGCGAUUCGAAAUUAUUAAUGUUCUGUAGAGAUCCGACAUGAUUAACGUUCUUUAGAGAUCCGACAUGAUUAAUGUUCUGUAGAGAUACGACAUGAUUAAUGUUCUUUAGAGAUCCGACAUUAUAAAUGUUCUGUAGAGAUCCGACAUGAUUACUGUUCUUUAGAGAUCCGACAUGAUUAAUGUUCUGUAGAGAUACGACAUGAUUAAUGUUCUUUAGAGAUCCGACGUGAUUAAUGUUCUUGAGAGAUCCGACAUGAUUAAUGUUCUGUAGAGAUCCGACAUGAUUAAUGUUCUGUAGAGAUAUGACAUGAUUAAUGUUCUGUAGACAUUUGACAUGAUUAAUGUUCUGGAGAGAUCUGACAUCAUUAAUGCUCUGUAGAGAUCCGACAUGAUUAAUGUUCUGUUAACACAAAGUAUAGGGGGAAAUGGUUUAUACGGGAGUGUUUAUUUGCCGGUUGAUUUAUUUCGUAAUAAUCACUCUUUUGAAACCCUUUGUCGAUUUAAACAUGUUUAAUAUCAUUGAUUUAAUUAACAAUUACCUAGUAUUGUCGACUAUAAUGAAAAUACCCUGUUACGUAAAUCAAAAUAUACAUUUUUUCGGAUAUUUCAUUUACUGAUUUAUUGGACACAAUUUAUUCAGUUAAUUUCAUUCUUGUAACGUCCAAGAUCACGAAUCAAACGUAAACGCUAUUACACGUACAUAUAAAUUGAUCAUCAUUUAGUAAUAUGGCAUAUAAUAUGAUUUUCUGGACUGUCAUAUUCGAAUUCUUAUGACUCAGCAUUUUUAUCACUGUGCACGCAUUCCGAAGUUUACAUACAAAUAUGACAUCAAUUUACGAAGCAUCGGUUAAUAUGGAUGAUUUUGAUGAAAUAACUUAAACGGGGCUUGUAUAGGUCCCUGCUAAAAAUGAUACGUGAGUGUUGCCGUCCAUUCGCAUAUCUAAUCGUUAACACAUAUCUCUUUCGGCUGUAUAAUUGUUCUUACAAAUGUGAUGCAAUCACUGUUUCUAAGACUGUUGGCGAAAGACAACACCGGUUUAAAGUGGUGUAUUCAGAAAUUUGUUCAAUUGUUACUACUUGUUUACUAUCGAGGUUACCAGUCGGGUGGUGUAUUCAGAAAUCUGUUCAAUUGUUACUACUUGUUUACUAUCGAGGUUACCAGUCGGGCGAUGGGCUCGCUAACGCGCACCGACCGGCGACCGUGCAGCAUCGAGACUCUAUAAUUGAUGCUAAAAAUCAAUGCCGACUUGAGUCUUAUAUGUAUCGUGUUGCUGGUCAUUUUACUGGAACUGUUAAAUGGAUGACACACAUAAUUUAUAAAUCAACUGUUAAGUGAGUGACCAACAGCAUUAUACUUGACCUGUUUCAAUGAUGACACCCAUACAUAUACUUGAAAGGUUUAGAAAAUGGCCCACAAAAUUAUACUUGAACUUUUACAUAAUUGGUACCACUCAUACUUUAACUGUUUAGUGAAUGGCAAACACAAGUAUACUUCAACUGUUAAGUGAAUUUGCACACAUGAUUAUACGUGAAAUGUUAAGUGAAUUUGCAAACAUAAUUUUACUUUAACUGUUAAGUCAAUGGCACACAUAAUUACACUUGAAGUGUUCAGUGAAUGGCCCACAUCAUUACACUUGAACUGCAAAGUGAAUGGCCCACAUCAUUACACUUGAACUGUUUAGUGAAUGGCUCACAUCAUUACGUUGAACUGUAUAGUGAAUGGCCCACAUCAUUACACUUGAACUGUUUAGUGAAUGGCCCACAUCAUUACACUUGAACUGUUUAGUGAAUGGCCCACAUCAUUACACUUGAACUGUAUAGUGAAUGGCCCACAUCAUUACACUUGAACUGUUUACUGAAUGGCUCACAUCAUUACACUUGAACUGUUCAGUGAAUGGCACACAUAAUUACACUUGAACUGUUCAGUGAAUGGCCCACAUCAUUACACUUGAACUGUUAAGUGAAUGGCCCACAUCAUUACACUUGAACUGUUCAGUGAAUGGCCCACAUCAUUACACUUGAACUGUUUAGUGACUGGCCCACAUCAUUACACUUGAACUGUUUAGUGAAUGGCUCACAUCAUUACACUUGAACUGUAUAGUGAAUGGCCCACAUCAUUACACUUGAACUGUUUAGUGAAUGGCUCACAUCAUUACACUUGAACUGUUUAGUGUAUUGCACACAUAAUUACACUUGAACUAUUCAGUGAAUGGCCAACAUCAUUACACUCGAACUGUUUAGUGACUGGCCCACAUCAUUACACUUGAACUGUUUAGUGAAUGGCACAAACACUUAUACUGUUUAGUAAAUGGCAAAUAUCAUUAUACUUGAACUGUUAAGUGAAUGGCACACAUGUGAAUGGCACACAUACUGAUACUUAAACUGUUUAGUAAAUCAUAAAAUGGCAUACAUCAUUAUACUUGGAAUAGGACCGCUUAGUAAUGUGGUAAAAAAUGAACUUAUAUAAACUCUAUAAGGAGAGAAAUUCGUGUAAAUCCCAACUGCUGUUUGUUGACAUUGAGUUCAAUGAAGGUCGAACUGUUGUUUCUGCUUAUCAGUUCUAUAUCAGAUUGAAAACUAUCAAGCCUAACCAUUACACAUAUAUUUGAGACAUAGAGAAUGAAGGAAAUUAUGUAAAAGCGAAGGUAUACGUUUUUCGUAUAUGUUUUACAUAUGUAUGCAUGGUACAUGAAAUUAAAGUAAGGAAACUAUAUUAACUAUAUAAUAAUUUCUCUUCUUUUUAUCUACACAUAUACUAACACAUUUUAAUACUAACGUAUGUUUUUCAGUUAACAAAUAUUAGGAAGAUGAAUACUUUUAACAUAAUAAUGAUUUUAAAAUACUUGGUUUUAGCGGAAUUCUAUCGUUUGGUACAUAACAUAAUAUCAUGUGAUGUGCUAUGUGGUUUAUUGUAAGAAAUCAAACAUAUCAUACAGCUGUAUUUGUAUUUUUGUAACUUGUUAUUUUUUAAGAAUUGCAUUUCCAAAUAUUCGUCAUGAUAUAUCGUUUUGUAGUAUAUUUAUAAACUGAGUUAUGUAUUGUCACAAAAAUGCAUAUUUAUUGAUUUUCAUAUUUUACGUUUUAUACUUUAUUUUACAACUAAUUUCACUAAUAAAGUGGUUCAAAAUUUGUAUUAAACAAUCGUUCAAAAGUAAUUUGUACUGAAACCUGUAGAAUUAUUUUAUGUUGGAGUUUGCUUUAGUGUCCUCAAUAACGACCAUAUUGCAUUAGAAUAAUUAUUAUAAAAUUGAUUUCAUUUGAUUUGUUACAGUGGAAAUAUAGAAAGAAACUUAUAAAUACUGACAGUUUUACUAUACAUAUUUUUUUUUAUAUAUGAUUGUAUAUUAUUUUUGACGAAUAUUAUUGUUAUUGUUUUCUGGAAUGAUUGUAUAUUAGAUAUUUAUAUAUUGUAUUUGCCUCUUGUCAUAAUGGAUAUAAAGUAUAAAAACAUGU